AUGGUGCGGUCGUGGCUUAAAUUCCUUCUUGCCUUUCUGGCCUUACUGGCUUCCAACCAGCUCGCGCCAAAGCUGAAGCUGAUGCCAAAGUUAUCAUCCGGCUUAAUCACACUUUGCCAAGUGCCUGUGGCGCCUGCCUUACUUUGUGCGUCCCUAUGGCGCCGUUACGGAGUCGGAUCUGUAAUCGGCCUGCUCACCUUGCUCAGGCUUGGUGCCGUGAACAGAGACCUCGAAGGCGGGUACACAGUGGAUGCAUUCCGCAAUCUCCCCGUAUGGCGGUGGGCGCGAGAGCAAAUGAACACUUUCCGAAUCCUUGGCAAUCCGGUGCUGCGGGACGAGAAGCGUAUAUUGUUCUGUUGCCAUCCGCAUGGAACGAUGUCCUUGUGUGGACAGUUCCUGAGCACAGUCCCCGAUGCACUGCAGCAGCUCUGUGGUGGGCCAGUUGAGCAAAGCUUGCGCAUUGCAGUGACACAUGUCUUCAUGAAGAUACCCUUCCAGCAAAACAUCGCCCGCUGGUGUGGGUGCAUUCCAGCACGAAAGGAUGCUGUGAAGGUUGCCUUCGAGAAGAACUCUCACGUUGUCAUCUUCCCGGGUGUUGCCAGCGAAGCCGGCGCCGCGGCGGGCUCUCGCUCCGCUGGCCUGGAGAAGCUCUACGUCAGCAACAAGCUCUUGGCUUCAAUGAAGGAGGUUGCAAAGGCCCUCGGUCCAAUAGCUAUUGUUCCCGUCUAUGUCCGUGGAGAAAGCGAAGCCUUCAGGUCUCAGCCGCUGGUCCCUGCCAGCUGGACAGGCUGGUGCAUGAAGAUGUUCCAAUUCGUGCCGGUGCUGCCAGUGGGAUGGAUGGGCCUCCCCGUUGCAAGGAGUGUCGACUAUGCGGUUGCAGUGGGCGAGCCAUUGAAGUUGGAUGAAUCCACAGACCUCUCGGAAUUGAGCACAAGUUACGAGGAGGAGCUCAAGCGUGUGUUCCGCACCGUCCACGACGGCAGGGUGGAGGUCACUUCCUUGGAAGGCAAGGUGAAGUCUGUGAAGUCCAAGCUCUGA